AUAUCUCGCGAGAGCGUACCCUGAGAUCUCGCGGGAAUGACUCCGGGUUUCCCGGCUGAAACUACCCAGCGCGGGUUUCAGAGGCGGUGGUUUCUGCUGUCAGCGGCUCCCUACAGGAAACACGUUUCAGAUUUCUUUGGAUUUCAUUGAUUUUUCUGUGUGAAUCAGCAGAAGACCCAGAGAGUCUUGGAGCUAUAUAUUGAAGACAAUGUCUGGAAGCUUCUACUUUGUAAUUGUUGGCCACCAUGAUAAUCCAGUUUUUGAAAUGGAAUUUUUGCCACCUGGGAAAGCAGAAUCCAAAGAUGAUCACCGUCAUCUGAACCAGUUUAUAGCCCAUGCUGCUCUUGACCUUGUAGAUGAAAACAUGUGGCUUUCUAAUAACAUGUACUUAAAAACUGUGGACAAAUUCAAUGAGUGGUUUGUAUCGGCAUUUGUCACUGCAGGACAUAUGAGAUUUAUUAUGCUUCAUGAUGUGAGGCAAGAAGAUGGAAUAAAGAACUUCUUUACUGAUGUCUAUGAUUUGUAUAUAAAGUUUGCAAUGAAUCCAUUUUAUGAACCCAAUUCUCCUAUUCGAUCAAGUGCAUUUGACAGAAAAGUUCAGUUUCUUGGGAAGAAACAUCUUUUAAGCUAAAUGGAGAAAAACUCUGAAAUAAACAGUAUCACCAUCAUGGGGUAUACUCA